AUGAAUCCCUGGAGCAACAGGAGUGUGGAGUGUGUGAAGGUCAUUUGGUCUGCAUCUGGCUCCAGGAGGAAGAGGAGAUACAGGUCUGGGAGCCCAAAGAACAAACACAAAGACAAGAACAAGCAGAGAAAAAGGUCACCAGCAGAUUCACCCAGCAGGAGGUCCCACAGGAGAGGAAGUUGCAGCUCCCGCAGCGCCUCUCUCUCCUCCACGGGGAGCCUCUCCAAGUCCCCCUCCAGGUUGAGUGCGAAGCACCGGACGGACGGCCACAGGUCCAGCCGCAGCCCCAGCCCCCCCGCCGCCGCCGAGAACCCCACCGCGUGGCAGAACGGCCAUCACAGCCACCGCGCCCGCAACGGCAAGGAGCACGUCUACAACCAUGUGGACGGAGAAAAAGUGCAAGAUAAGCUCCGAGCGCUGGUGGCCUGCUCGCCGAGCCUGCAGACGUGUCCGUCGCCCCAGCUGAGGGAGGCCAGGCCUCACGGCACCCUGGGUAAGAGCCCCGGGGGACUGCCCCCCCAUCACCACCACCAUCAGCACGGGCCGGCAGGGGACGCCCCUCACGUGGACGACAAGCACCAGGGCUCAGGCAGGCCCACCACAGGGUCGUCACGGAAACGCGGGGGUCACCACCGAGCCCAGAGAAAAACGUCCCACUCGCCGGGCCACAGCACUGACUCCGCCCACUCGCAGCACAACCUGCCCAACAAAGGCAAAAGCGCCCAUCAGAAAAAGCCCAAAGGCGCUCACUCGUCCAAGCAGCCGCACCGCGAUCGAGCUCACCGCAGCUCGUCACCGUCUCCUUCGCGGCACCGGCACGCGUCGGGCCGAAAGAAGAGCAAGUCUCGCAGCAGCCUCCGGCAGCGCAGCAGCUCCUGGAGCAGCAGGCACUCGUCCUCCCCCUCCAACUCCCGCGAGCGUGCCACCAGCAAGGCGUCGCCCCAUGCCCGCCAGAACACCUCCAGGGACAGAGACAGUGCGCACCAUUCGGACUCUGGCGCACGCCGGCGCUCACGGAGUUACUCGCCCAUACGCAAGAGGAGAAGAGACUCCCCCAGCUUCAUGGAGGCCAGGAGAAUCACCAGCGCCCGUAAGCGGCCCAUCCCGUACUACCGGCCCAGCCCCUCCUCCUCCAGUGUCCUGAGCAGCCACAGCAGCUCCAGCCGCAGCCGCAGCUUCGACAGCUUCAGCAGCUACAGCCGCAGCAGGAGUCGCAGCCACAGCCGCAGCAGGAGCAGGAGCCGCUCCCGCAGCCCCAGCCAGCCUCACAGCUACUACAGCCGCAGCAGCUACGGCAGCCCUGGCUUCUGACCAACGACAGAGAGAGAGAGCGAGAGAGAGAGAGAGCGAGAGAGAGCGAGAGAGAGAGAGAGAGAGAGAGA